GGCUGGGGGUUGGGGGCUGGGGAGGUGGCCAGGAGGCUGGGCCUGUGGCAGCCAAGCUGGCACUUUGGCCAGAGCCCAGCGCCUCCCUCCCCUUGGCUCCACUCGGAGCCCUUGCCCCUGGCUACCCCAGGCUGCCUCCUUGCCCAGGCAGACCCCGGGCCCGCUGCUGCUGGGCAGUGGGGCAGUGGGCCGGGGGCUGAGGGGCCAGCCCCAGAGGUGAGCCAGUCAUCCCUGCUGUCUGCUCCCAGCCAGCAGGGAGGGAAGAUGGGGCACCCCCUGGGCCCCCAAAGCUCCCCGGCCCCGGCCGGCACCACGGCUAUACCCGGGCUCAUUCCGGACCUCAUCACCAGGCUCCCUUGGCCCUGCUGGGCAAUCAUUGCCAUCGCUGUGGCUGCCGGCGUCCUCAUGGUCUCCUGCCUCCUCUGUGCUGUCUGCUGCUGCUGCCGCUGUGGCCACAGGAAGAAGCCCAGGGACAGGGAGGCUGUGAACCUGGGCAGUCCUCAAGGGACCGCCAGCACCCACCUGGUGCAACCGGAUGUGGAUACCUCAGAGACUGCCCCGGAGGACGCCCAGCACUGGGGGCGCCUGCAGCUCUCCCUGGAGUAUGACUUCUCAAGGCAGGAGGUGUGCAGCCACGGGCAGGCCCAGAGGGUCUGCAGGUUCAGGGAGGGCUUGGGUGUCAGGCUGGCGCUGGGUGCGGGGCUGACCAGGGAGGGCCCCAGGCUGAGUCCCCUCGACUCCCAGAUCAAGGUGGGCCUCAAGCAGGCCGCGGACCUGAGGGCCUAUGGGCCGGGCGGCACGGCAGACCCCUUUGCCCGCGUCAGCCUCUCCACCCAGGAAGGGCACAGCCACGAGACAAGGGUGCACCGCAGCACGCUCUGCCCCGUGUUUCAGGAGACCUGCUGCUUCCACAUACCGCAGGAAGAGCUGGCUGGGUCCACGCUGCGGGUGCAGGUGCUGGGCUCCAAGCGCUUCUCUGCCCCCGAGCCGCUGGGAGAGCUCAGCCUGCCGCUGGGCGCUGUCGACCCACAGCACGUCCUGGAGCAGUGGCACCAGCUGGGCCCACCGGGCGCCACGGAGCCCGAGCCUUCGGGAGAGCUGUGUCUCUCGCUCCGCUACAUCCCCAGCUCUGGCCGGAUGACCGUAGUUGUGCUGGAGGCGCGAGGUCUGAGCCCGGGCCUGGCAGACCCCUACGUGAAGGUCCAGCUCAUGCUGAACCAGCGAAAGUGGCAGAAGAGAAAGACGUCGGCUCGCAAGGGCACAGCCUCCCCCUACUUCAACGAGGCCUUCACCUUCCUUGUGCCCUUCAGCCAGAUCCAGAGCGUGGACCUGGUGCUGGCUGUCUGGGCCCGGGGCCCACAGUUUCGGGCUGAGCCGGUGGGCAAGGUGCUGCUUGGUGCCCGGGCCUCUGGUCAGCCCCUGCAGCACUGGGCAGACAUGCUGGCCCACGCCCGGCGGCCUGUCGCCCGGUGGCAUCCCCUGCGUCCGGCCAGGGAGGUGGACCAUGCUCUGGGCCUAAAGACCCGCCUGCAUCUGACCUUGCCUGGCUCCCGGGACUGAGGUGGGGUGCUGUCCUGGCUUCCCGGGGGGGAUGCCGUAAUAAAGCCCUGUUCUUGC